CAGGCCCUGGAUAAAUAACCACAAACGAAACCAAAACAAAACUAAAUCAAAUUUAAACAGAACAACUCCAAUACUAUCCUCACAUACAUCAAAAUAAAUCCCAGAAUCCUUCACCAUGGAUUAUCUAGAUGCCAGCAUCGAUAGCAUGGAGAACAGUCGCUUUGUCGCCCUAUUUGGUGGCUUGAUCCGGGAACUUAUGGCCAAUACGCAUCUUUCCCAGACGGACAUCAACUGUCUGCUCAUGGUUUACUACAAAUUCGCCAAGGCCAAUGGGCCGAGUGCCCGGAAGAUGAAAAAGGUUCAGUUCUAUCAACUGUUUCUGGUGAUGUUCAAGGUCUCGAAUGUGCAGACCAUAGAUCGCACUCUGUUUGCCGUCACCAGGGAUGUGAAGUACGUGAGUCCACAGGCUUGGGUGCAGCUUUUCAGUCUCUACACCACCAAGGAUCUCUCAGUGCGUAUGCGCUUUGCCUUUAAGAUCUAUGAUACAAAGGGCACUGGCUUUAUAGAUCGCGAACAAAUAAGUCUGGCCUGCGAGAAAUUCUUCACUGGCGAGGACGAGGAUGAGAUCACUGAACUAAGAGCGGACAUGGGUGAAUUCAUGAUUAAGAAGUUUGAUGUCGACAAGGAUGGCUUGAUCUCGUUUGAGGACUACUCCACUGUCGUCUCCGAGCAGCCUUGUCUGCUGGAGUUCUUGGGCUGGCUCUUUCCCAACCCCGAUGACAGGGAAAUAAUGGCCCAUUGCAUUAAUAUGGAUUCGAUUCUGACCGAUUCAGAGCGUCCCACCUAAUUGAUUGAUUGAAUUUUAUUAUGUUUCAAAGCUAUUAAAUAUAUACAUUUUUCCUGGGAGCAGUG